GCCCGCCGUACGCUAAGUUCUCGCGCGAGUUGCACUUCCGCCCUUUUGGCUCUCUGAGCAGCACCAUGGCGGUUGGCAAGAACAAGCGCCUUACAAAAGGUGGCAAAAAAGGAGCCAAGAAGAAAGUGGUUGAUCCAUUUUCUAAGAAAGAUUGGUAUGAUGUGAAAGCACCAGCAAUGUUUAAUAUAAGAAAUAUUGGGAAAACACUAGUUACAAGGACUCAAGGAACCAAAAUUGCAUCUGAUGGCCUUAAGGGUCGUGUUUUUGAAGUGAGCCUUGCUGAUCUGCAGAAUGAUGAAGUUGCAUUUAGAAAAUUCAAGCUAAUUACUGAGGAUGUGCAGGGCAAAAACUGCCUAACCAACUUCCAUGGCAUGGAUCUUACCCGUGACAAAAUGUGUUCCAUGGUUAAAAAAUGGCAGACCAUGAUUGAAGCUCAUGUCGAUGUCAAAACUACCGAUGGUUAUUUGCUUCGUCUUUUCUGUGUUGGUUUUACCAAAAAACGCAACAAUCAGAUUCGGAAGACCUCUUACGCUCAGCACCAACAGGUCCGCCAAAUCCGGAAAAAGAUGAUGGAAAUCAUGACCCGAGAGGUGCAGACAAAUGACUUGAAAGAAGUGGUCAAUAAAUUGAUUCCAGACAGCAUUGGUAAAGACAUAGAAAAGGCUUGCCAAUCUAUCUAUCCUCUCCAUGAUGUGUUUGUUAGAAAAGUAAAAAUGCUGAAGAAGCCCAAGUUUGAAUUGGGAAAACUCAUGGAGCUUCACGGUGAAGGUAGUAGUUCUGGAAAAGCAACUGGAGAUGAGACAGGUGCUAAAGUGGAACGAGCUGAUGGUUAUGAGCCACCAGUCCAAGAAUCUGUUUAAAAUUCAGACAGAAUAAAGCCUUAUUUGUGAUGGGUUGCUUCUGAACAUUCUUUUAAAAUAAUCUAACAAUUUGGUGAAUCAGAUGUUCUAAUUUGGUAGUGCAACUUCUGAUCUGCUGUAUGGGUUUUAUACAUUGCCUUUUGGUAAGUACUUGUGAAAGGGAUACCAUUUACUAUUCUAAGCUCUUGUAAUUUGGAAGUGUUAUGUAGAUGGUUAAUAAAAGGAAAACCUUUCUUUACAUGG